AUGGUCAUGCGAUGCGAGUCGUUGGAUGAGACUUUGCGGGAGAUCAAAGAGAAAGCGAUGACUUUGCACAAAUUCAAUGAGCUUGCUGACUUUGGCCUCUUUCGAGCGGUGAUCCAUGAUGGGCCGAAUCAUCAAUGUCGAAGACAAGUUGAGGUUGUUGAUGGAUUUUUCAAGCUCGGAGAGCAAGCCCAGGCCAUCAGACAAGGACAGGCGGCUCCUUGGGUUGAACACCUUGGACUUUUCGCGAUCUUGCUGCGCUUGGGACUUCAGGUUGCGGAAAGCCACCAAAAUCUCGUCGAUUGUCUUCUUGCACAGAACAAAGUGCUCAAAGUUCUCGUCCAAGACGGACUUCAACUGGGACGUCUGGCCGCGGAUGCUCUUGUCAAGCAUGUCCAACGAUGCCAUCAACUGGUCGAUUGGUGUAUCAUGAUGUGCCGUCGACAAGAAGGCCAGUGGGCGGAAAGAUUGGGAGGACACCAAGAAUUGGUUCAUCUGUGGAUCCUGCGCCGAAGACACGGCGCCCUUGGCCACAAGCGUCCGCACGAGAUCGGCGCCAGUCAAUGGAUCACGGAAAUCCUCGUCGGUGAACCUGUAGUCGGAGGCAGAAGUGUUUUCGAGGUAGUGUGCCAAGCGCUCGAGCUGGUCCGAGCGAGGCAAUUGAGCCAACGCAGCGGGGUCUGCUCUGGGGCCGCACACGUCUGGGUCGAGUAA